AUGUCACUAGGCAAAUGGACAUUGAAUGAUAGAGAUGAGGACGGAAAUAUCACUAAGGCAGCCCCUACAUUCGACUACAUUGAGAACAAGGCCAUUGAAGAGGAACAUAGGAAAGGACAGCUGGGCAACCAUUCCGCAGAUACAAAUGCGAUUCCUGCCUUCACAAUCAGCCAAAGCCUAGGAGACAAGAAAGUCAUACCGUCUUCAGAUGGGAAAACGUGCCGAAUCGAGAUCAACAAUGUCCCAUGUCCCUUUCUGUGUUUUCUGUCGCAGACCCUAUCACAGAGAGUAGGGGUGCUUCAAGAAGAAUCCCUACCUGAGGGGCCAAGAAAACGAGAGAAAGAUGCGCAGAUCAAGGCCCAACGAUGCAUACACGGACCUUCGUAA